CUCCCCACUAUAAAGGACGGAGUUAAAGGAGCAGAAGAAGAUCUGAACAAAUUGAACGAAACAUUCAGUAUGAUGGACAACUAUGUACAAGGGCAGACUUGGUUUGUAGGAAACAAUAUGACAGUGGCUGAUUUUGCUGCAAUUUCUUUGAUUUCAACAAUCCAUGCAUGCGGCUCAUGUGAUAUUUCCGCACAUCAGAACCUUUUCCAGUGGUUCCAGAAAACCAAGACGGCCAUGGAGUCCUUCGGCUAUGAUGAAGUGAUGCAAGCUGGGGCUGAAGCUUUUGGAGCACUGUACAAAAGUAGACUGAAGUGAGACAUCCUACAGUUGAAAAAAACUCACAACCUCGCAAUGUCACUAUGAUUUCAAAUUGAGAGCACUAGCUGAAAUAUCAUUGUUCGAAUAAAAUUUGUUGGUGAA